AUGCCAGGGACCAACACCGCUGCGUCCAUCCCGACUGUCGCCCUCAUUGGCACGUGUGACACGAAGCUGGACGAACUGGUAUAUGUGCACGACCGCAUCAUACAGGAGUAUGGAGUGCAGGUCAAGCUCCUCGACGUCGGUCGUAUCCCCGCGUCGCACCCCUCCAUCGCCAUCAGCCAGCCCGAAAUAUUCGCGUCUUCGGGGCUGCUGCCUCCUGCUGACCUGAUGUCGCUCCCGCGGGGAGAGCUGAUCUCGACGCUCAUCCGACACACCAUCCCAGUAGUUGCAUCCCUCUACCAGACACACGCCAUACACGCCGCAAUGGCGCUGGGGGGAAGCGGCGGCUCGUCGCUCGCAGCGGAGGUGAUGCGUGGCGCGCUUCCACUGGGCUUCCCGAAGCUCCUAGUAUCCACAAUGGCAGGGGGCGACGUGCGCGCGUACGUUGGCGAGUCCGACUUGGUUAUGAUGCACAGCGUCGUGGACAUUGCGGGGCUGAACGACGUCCUCUGUCCUAUUCUUGAUAACGCUGCGGGAGCCAUCGCUGGCAUGGCCCGCGCUCAGCACUCCCGCCAGUUGUCCGGCUCUUUACAUGCGGGUUUGUCCCCUGCAUCCCCCGGCACGAAGCGCAUAGCGAUCACCAUGUUCGGCGUAACGACGCCCGCGGUAACGCACGCGCGCGCAAUCCUCUCCAAUUACCCCUGCACGACAUAUGUCUUUCAUGCGACGGGUGCGGGAGGGCGCGCUCUCGAACAACUUGCCGCGUCCAACUUCUUCGCGGGGAUCCUGGACUUGACCACUACGGAGCUUGCAGACGCCCUUCUUGGUGGCGUUCUAAGUGCAGGAGAAAAGCGGCUGACUGCAGCAGCUAAAGCCCGCAUCCCGCAGAUCGUCUCAGUCGGCGCGCUAGACAUGGCGAACUUUGGCCCGCGCGACACCGUACCAGAGCGGUAUUCCGAGCGGAGACUUUUCGAGCAUAACCCAAGCAUGACACUGCUGAGGACUAAUGCGCAGGAGUGUGCGAUCCUGGGCGGGCAAAUUGCGGAACGGCUGAAGGAUGCGGACCCUAAGCGCACCGAGAUAUGGGUUCCUCGAGCGGGCGUUAGCUCGUUAAGCGUGAGAGGGGGACCGUUUGACGAUCAGGAGGCAGAUGAGGCACUCUUCAAGGGACUCCGAGAUGGGCUUAAAGGCGCGGCAUUGAAAGUGGUGGAGGAUGAGCGCGAUAUUAACGACGAGGGCUUCGUGGAGGCAAUUGUAGCAAGAUUAGUACAGCUGAUGGGGAUGGAACCUCUGCAGAAAAAUGAAAUCACGGAGACAACGGAUGGAACCACCAACGGAGACACAGUAAAGUAG